AUGAGGUCCAGGGAUGUGAAGUUCCCUAUCCGAUACAAUGAUCCCGAGUAUCAAUUGAACCAUCAAAAACUUUUUUCGCAGGCUGUCCUGUGUCCUUUGAAGAAUGUUCUUCCACCGGGUGUAGACCAGGAGCAGUUUGAUCGUGCGAUCGUCGAAUUCGAAAAUGCCGUGGGAAAGGGCAAUGUCUUUCGGGGACAGGCAUUGGAAGAGUAUGUGGAUCCAUACGAGUUAUGGGAGGAAGAGGGGAGAAGGAAGAUGCCGAGUGCGGCAGUAUGCCCUUCAUCGACCAAAGAGCUACGAGAAGUUCUUGCAGUAGCCAAUAAGUCCGGUAUUCCCGUGUGGACAUUCUCACGAGGAAAGAAUUUGGGCUAUGGUGGACCGGCACCCCGACUUGAUGGGUCAGUUGCGCUUGAUCUACAUCGCAUGAACAGAAUUAUCGAAGUCAAUGACAAGUUCUCGUACGCGGUCGUGGAGCCAGGGGUAACGUUUACUGACCUGUACCUGCACUGUGCCGAGCACAAACUCCGAGUUUGGCCAAGCGUACCUUCAUUGGGGUGGGGAAGCGUUGUGGGCAAUGUACAUAUACUGAUUGUUCAACGGACCGUGGACAGAGGAACUGGCUUCACACCAACUGCAACACACCAUCAACAUAUUAGUGGCAUGGAGGUCAUGCUUGCCGACGGGGACAUUGUGCGGACCGGGCAAUUUGCGAUUCCUAACUCCCCAUCAGCACAUCUGUCAAAAUUCAGCUUUGGCCCAUCUAUUGAAGGGCUAUUCUUACAGAGCAAUCUAGGCAUUGUCACCAAGAUGGGAAUCUGGCUUCACCCGCAACCGCAAGCGUACAUGUCUUGCACGUUUGAUAUGCCAAAUUUUGAAGAUGUGGAAGUUAUUGUGGACAUUUUCGGAAUAUUGCGGAGAGAUGGCCUAUUGCCAAACACGGUGUACGUCUCAAAUAUUGUUGAAUGGUUGGGGAUGACCGGCAAACGUACUGAGCUGUGGCCGGAAGAAGGACCUAUUCCCGACUGGCGGCUCCGAGAGCUCCAGACACAACUGGGUUUCGGGUAUUGGAAUGUUAAAUUCGGCUUAUAUGGCGCAAAAGAGGUGGUGCAAUCGCACUUUGAUGAGCUGAAGAGGAUUAUUGGAAAGAAGGCGCCCGGUUCGGAGCACCGUCUUCAAGGUCACCUCUUCUCCGGUGAGAACGACAAACUCUUGGAAGCAACCUCUAUUCCAGAUCCUCAUGGCGGUUUCUUUGCUGGAGUGCCCAGUCUAUGGAGCCUGCCAAUGGUGCGGUAUAGACUUCCCAAGGAAAAGGCAGGUAUCGGUGCACAUGCGGACUAUUCACCUAUCAUUCCUUCCGAUGGCAAAACAGUGCUUGAAUGGGUGAGAACUGCUAGAGAGAUUUGCGAAACCCAAGGAUUUGACCUCUUCUGCGAUUUUUUUAUGCAUGAACGACAUAUUAUUUUCGUCAAUAUGAUGGUCUUCGACAAGACGAACUCAGAUCAUCGUAAAGCUGUCGAUACUAUUUUCCGGAGCCUAUACAGAGAAGGCCGUCAGAGGGGUUUCAGCAAAUAUCGAUCUCACAUCAAUUACAUGGAUCUUGUCGCGGAUGCGUAUGACUUCAAUGACCAUGCAUACCGGAGAUUUAUAGAGAGAUUGAAGGAUACAGUUGAUCCAAAUGGAAUUCUAUCUCCUGGUAAGCAGGGUAUAUGGCCUUUAAAGUAUCGGCACCUAAGGGAGAAACUGUAA